CUGGUAAAGUAUUGUACUUAACCUCAAUUUGUUGACUGUCAAACAAAUAAAAUUAACGCAUAAAAGAAAUUAAAUUUCGUUAGGAAAGUGGUAAUUAAUAAGUUAAUGUGAUUAAGGAAAGAUUAGACAGUAUUUCAACAUGUUUCCAACAAGUACACAGUGUAAACAUUGGAUAUUCAUAAGCGAAGAUGAAUUAAAUAAACUGCGUGAAAAUGCCAACAGUAAACACAUUCAGAUUUAUGGAGGAAAUAUUAACGAGUCUCACAGAUCAGAAAUAUUUUUAACCCCAGAAGAAGAAAAAACGAUGGUUCGCCGAUACGAGUUGCAUUUACGUGAUUUCUGUAAAAGAUUCCAACCCCCUAUGCCUCGCUGUGUUGUUGGAACUGCAUUUCACUAUUUUAAACGGUUCUACAUCCACAAUUCCGUUAUGAAUUACCACCCCAAAGAAAUAAUGGUUACGUGCGUGUAUUUGGCGUGUAAGGUGGAAGAGUUCAAUGUAUCCAUGCCUCAGUUUUUAGCUAAUAUAAAGGGAGAUCGGGAGAAAGCUUCUGAUAUUAUUUUAAAUAAUGAGCUUUUGCUUAUGGAACAGCUUAAUUUUCAUCUAGCUAUUCAUAAUCCCUUUAGACCUAUUGAAGGUCUUUUAAUAGACAUUAAGACUCGUUGUUCUUUGAAUGAUCCGGAAAGAUUGAGGCCUGGUACCGAGCAAUUUUUAGAAAAAGUUCUUUUAACAGAUGCAGUUCUUUUGUAUGCACCAAGUCAAGUAGCUCUUGCAGCAGUUCUUCAUGCUGCUUCUAAAAUGCAGGAAAAUCUUGAUUCCUACGUGACCGAUACUUUAUUCGGGGUUGAAGGCAGGGGUAAAUUGGAAGAGCUUAUAGAAGCAGUGAGAAGUAUAAGGUCCAUGGUAAAGAUGGCAGAUAUUUUGCCAGAUAAGAAUCAGCAGAAGAUUUUAGAAAAGAAAUUAGAAAAGUGCAGAAAUCCUGAAAACAAUCCUGACAGUGAAAUCUACAAGAAGAGAAUGCAAGCACUACUGGACGAAGAAGAUGAACUUACAAGUCAGAUGAGUUCUAACAGUGCUUUAGAAAAUUCAGCCCUAAAUUCGAUUCCACUUCUAUCCCCCAGUGGCGCCUAAUUAAUCAAUUUUUAAAAGUUUACUAUCAUUUAUGUUAAUUAUGAAAUGUAUAAUAUAGUAGAUUUCGAUAAAAGUUUCUGGAAUUAAAAAUA